GUGCGACUGUAUAAUAGAGAGAAGGCACUAUCUUAAGUGUUAGAUCUGGGAUUCUUGUGAGGGCAAGUAUGAGUGGAAGAGGCAGUAACAAUGGAGGUAGUGGUGGAGUACAAGCGAUACCAGCGGCAUCGCGAAAGAUGGUACAGAGCUUGAAGGAGAUAGUGACCUGUCCAGAACAAGAGAUCUACGCUAUGCUCAAAGACUGUAAUAUGGACCCUAACGAGGCCGUUAAUAGGCUUCUCUCACAAGAUCCUUUCCAUGAGGUGAAGAGCAAACGAGAUAAGAAAAAAGAGAAUAAGGACACAACAGAAUUCAGGUCUCGUGGUGUCAGUAGUGCUUCAAACCGUGGGAGCAGGAGUGGUACAGACCGCUACAUUGGACGUGGUGGCUCAACCCAAUUCAGUUCUUCUGGUAUGUGCAUGUUGAAUUACAAUUUUGGGCAGGACAUUUUGUGUGUAAUUGGAACAUGCUGGUUGAUUUUGUUGAACAUGUUCUUACUCGUCACUUUUCUAUCAGAACCUGGUGCUAUACAUGGCAAACCUGCAUACAAGAAGGAAAAUGGAACAAAUUUUUUUACAAGUUCUCCAUCUUCAGCAUCUGGAAUGGCAGGAAAUAACCCAAAUCGGCGACCUCAAGCCCCCAUGUUAGUAUCAUUAGAAUCUCAACUUGCACAUCUCUUCUGCAUUUACAAAUAUGGGGGUUGUAAUGCAGCCAGCUGA